CCCAGGCCGCGCAAGGGCGCUGUAGCUGCCAGUGCCGCUGUCAUGGCGUCUGAGGCGCUGUCUGAGGAGAACCCGCCGCGGUCUCUUUAGAGCGAGGGGCGGGCGGCUGGGUAUGGAGAGCGGCCCCGAGAGCCUGCAGCCGCUAGAACACGGAGUGGCCGCCGGCCCGGCGCCAGGGACAGGUUCUCCGCAGGAAGGGCGACAGGAGACCAGGCUCGCCGCUGGGUAUGGUCCUGGAGUAUGGGCGGCGGAGAGCAGCGGCGGGAAGGGGCAGGGGGCGGCAGCCGCCGGGAGGAGCCUCUCGGACUCGGCUUCUCCCGCCGGCUCGCCUCGGGUUCUCGUACCCUGCAGCUCCCUCCCGGGCUUGGACUUGAAGGGGAGCGAUUUGGAGAGUCCUGCUGCCCAGAAGGCGCCUCUGACAGGGCAGCACAAGGUGACCGCCUCCCCGGAGGCAGCUGAGGCCGGAGCCGACCAUGAGUUGGGUCCGGCCGGAGACGCGGGCGCCCUCGCGGAUCCCGCCGGCACCUGCCAGGCAGAGUCGGCGGCCGCGGGCUCCGAGGAGCCCAGCAGCGGCGGCGGCCUCAGCAGCAGUUGCAGCGACCCGAGCCCUCCCGGGGAAUCGCCGAGCCUGGACUCCUUGGAGUCGUUCUCUAACCUGCAUUCUUUCCCAAGUAGCUCCGAGUUCAAUAGUGAGGAAGGAGCUGAGAACAGGGUCCCCGAGGAGGAGGAGGGCGCGGCGGUGUUGCCCCGGGCUGUGCCUCUGUGCCGAGAGGAGGAGCAGGAGGAGGGGGAGGCAGCCCAGGUGCUGGCGGCCUCCAAGGAACGCUUCCCGGGACAAUCUGUUUAUCAUAUCAAGUGGAUCCAGUGGAAGGAAGAGAACACACCCAUCAUCACGCAGAAUGAGAAUGGCCCCUGCCCUUUACUGGCCAUCCUCAAUGUUUUGCUUCUGGCCUGGAAGGUGAAACUUCCACCGAUGAUGGAAAUCAUAACUGCUGAACAGCUGAUGGAAUAUUUAGGAGAUUACAUGCUUGAUACAAAGCCAAAAGAAAUUUCAGAAAUUCAACGUUUAAACUAUGAGCAGAAUAUGAGUGAUGCUAUGGCAGUACUGCACAAACUACAGACAGGCUUGGAUGUAAAUGUAAAAUUCACUGGUGUUCGAGUGUUUGAAUAUACACCAGAAUGCAUAGUAUUUGAUCUUCUUGAUAUUCCUCUGUACCAUGGAUGGCUAGUGGACCCUCAGAUUGAUGACAUUGUAAAAGCUGUUGGUAACUGCAGCUACAACCAGCUAGUGGAGAAGAUCAUCUCUUGUAAGCAGUCAGACAACAGUGAGCUGGUUAGUGAAGGCUUUGUAGCUGAGCAGUUUCUAAAUAACACAGCCACUCAACUGACAUACCAUGGAUUAUGUGAACUAACUUCAACGGUUCAGGAAGGAGAACUUUGUGUGUUCUUUCGGAAUAAUCAUUUUAGCACCAUGACCAAAUACAAGGGUCUACUGUAUUUGCUGGUAACAGACCAGGGGUUUCUCACUGAAGAAAAAGUUGUUUGGGAAAGCCUACACAAUGUCGAUGGUGAUGGAAAUUUCUGUGACUCAGAAUUUCAUCUGCGGCCACCUUCUGAUCCUGAAACCGUAUACAGAGGACAACAAGAUCAGAUAGAUCAGGACUAUCUUAUGGCAUUAUCUCUACAACAAGAACAGCAGAGCCAAGAGAUCAAUUGGGAACAAAUACCUGAAGGAAUCAGUGAUUUGGAACUAGCAAAGAAACUCCAAGAAGAAGAGGAUAGACGAGCUUCUCAGUAUUACCAGGAACAGGAACAAGCGGCAGCAGCUGCUGCUUCUGCUUCUACACAGGCCCAGCAAAGCCAGCCAGCACAAGCCUCUCCAUCGAGUGGCAGACAAUCUGGGAAUAGUGAACGUAAACGAAAGGAACCUCGAGAAAAAGAUAAAGAAAAAGAAAAGGAAAAAAAUAGCUGUGUCAUUUUGUAACAAGUGUGGAUCUUGUUGGAACCAUCUGUAUGUCUUCAGAAACAAAACCAUAGGAGGAAAGGAAGAAAAACCGAUAAAUACCGUCUGUGCCUGAUUUCCCAAUGGAUUUUGUUCAUGUUUUUCAGGGGAAAGGUUGUUACUUAGUUACAAUCAGACUUUUUCAAGUCACACAGUACACUCUUUAUGAGCUGGAGUUUCAUGUUACAAGUUGAAAAUGCUGUGUGUUGUCAUUCAUGAAAAAUAAUACACUUGUAGCCAAAUAAGCAAAUCACAGCAAAUUUGUGUCAUAGUGACAUUCAUAACUCAUAUCAGUUAGUAAGCUAUUUCAUCUUCUGUUCUAACAAUGAAUAGUAUUCAUUGUUUCCUUCCUCAAAUCUAAAUAUUAGCACAAUAAUUUCUGAAAUUAAUUUUUACAAUGUUAAAUUAUGAUCUAAUCCAUGAGAAACCAGGGGUUUAAUAUAGAUUUAAAAAGAAAAGAAAAGACAAAAAUAACAAGAGUAAAUAACCCUCAAUUGUAUAUUGGACUAGUUCAGCCCUUGAACAGCUUUACCUUUCUUUAGGAAUGUACAUUUUAGAUAUAUCUUGAGAACUGAUAAUGGAGCUUGGAUUUAAUUUAGAUAGAAAAAAAAAGAUUUGUAUUUCUUUUCCAAUUAAAAAAAAUUACAUAACACCAAUACUCAUCAAAAUCAAAUCUUAAUAACUUUGUAGUGUUAUAAAAUUUGAGGAAUUUUGAAAUCUUUAAUAAAGGUUACUUGGACCACAGUUACUAUUUAUUGUGUGAUAAGUGAGUAUAAAGAGGAAACCAUGUGGAUGCUAGGCCUUGUAAAUAUGGAGAUGUAGAAAUAGAAAAGGAGAUAGUUCAGUGUCUACCUUUUUCUAGAAUUACCUUGAACCUUAAAUUUUAAAUCAUGUUUAUUUUCUAGAAAAUUAAGUAUACUUAUUAAAACCAACAAAAAAGCACAUUUUUGAAAGGAUGUUAGAUAAUCUCUCAGUCUAGUGGAAAAGCAUUAGUAAAAAAUCUGUUUGAGGAUAAGAAUCUGGAGGAAUUUAUGUAGAAGCAAUCAGAUUAUUCUAACUUAUGAGAACCAAAUAAACCUAUAACAUAGUGUUUCUAGGAUUCAGAAAGAAUAUUUAUUGAACUUUAUUAUGAGGCAACACAUAUUUUCCUGUAUUUCUAUAGUUUGGAAAACUAUCCUUAAUAGUCCUUUUUAUAUGCUUUAUAUUUAAAAGUUUGUUUUAGUCAUUUUUGAAAAGACUAUUGCUGCUGCAAGUAGUUACGUGAUUUACAUUCUAAGCCUCAGUAAAUUUGUUUGUUCAAGAGCAUCUUAAUCUAACCUGAGCAUCCACUUGGAGAAUGCUUUUUGUGGUCUGGGGUGACAAAAGACUACAAAAAAAAUGUGGUCUUGAUUUCUUAAGCUAUGUCCUUAACAUUCUCCGUGAUCCAGGACCAGAUAUAAGAUAAAUCUAUAUGUAAAAAGUAAAGUCUUAUUUAUGGAAGAAAUUAUUCUAAGGGAAAUAUCCAGGGUCAAGCUGUAUCUUUUACAUCCUUCUAUAUUGCAUGUCUGUUUAUGUUAUACCAUUUGUUAUUCCUUCAAAUUUCAUAUGCUAGCAUGAUAAGUCAUCAGAGAACCUGUUUGGGGUAUAAAACUUUCAUACAAAAUAUUUGGUUAGUCUCUUGAUAAUAACCCAGAAUAUGUGUAUAUUGCUAAAGUAAUCAAAUGUACUACAGAAUUCUCUAUUGGCUCAAACAAGUUGACUUUUAGGCCAAGUUUAUUCUUGAUAUCACUCUAUUGGUUAAAGGAGGAAACUCAAACCUCAGGGUUUGUUUUUCCCAGAACAGAUAGUAGUGACAGUGCAUUAUAUUUUAUUAAGAAGCAAAACAAUAAAUCCUGAGAAAUGUUAAAAAACAUAU